AUGAGGUAUCUCAGACCGCUCCAGCUCGCCUGGUCACUAUACGCAGGGCUGACCGCCGCCGCCGCCGCCGCGGCCAACAGCACCCAGCCGACCCCCUUCCCGGAGGACACCCUCCCCGCGAACCUCACCCGCGCCGCCUUCCCCCUCCCGGUCCCCAAGCUCGACCUCGACUUCCGCAUCGUCGUCGACCUCAACCCCCUCAUCCCCGUCGGCGUCGGCCCCUUCGGCAAGCGCAACUGGAUCUCCUUCUCCGGCGGCGUCUUCUCCGCCACCUGGGGCACCGGCACCGUCGUCCCCGGCGGCCAGGACAGCCAGAUCGUCGUCGCCGAGGACCUGAGCACCGCCGUCGAGACCUCGUACCUGCUCAAGACGGACGACCCGGAGCCCGCGUACAUCACCGUCAGGACGACCGGCUGGCGGACGGGGCCGAGGGAGGUUAUGGAGAGGUUGUUCGACCCCGCGCGCGCCAACGAUGUUAAGCCCGACGAGUACAGCUUCCGGCUGAAUGUGAAGAUGGAGACGGGGGAUGAGAGGUAUAACAAGACUGUCAACACCGCGAUGUGGGUUGGGAGUGGUGCGAGGUUGGGCGCGAAGGUCAUUUACGAUGCUUACAGGGUUGCGUGA